AAGCGCUAACUCAAACACACGACCGACCAAUGACAUGCCCAGCGCAAACUCAAACACACGACCGACCAAUGACACGCCCAGCGCUAACUCAAACACACAACAGACCAAUGACACGCCCAGCGCAAACUCAAACACACGACCGACCAAUGACAUGCCCAGCGCGAACUCAAACACACGACCGACCAAUGACACGCUCAGCGCUAACUCAAACACACAACAGACCAAUGACAUGCCUAUGGGCUUGGGAGCUCCUCCCAUUCAGCCACAUUGUAACCUGCAUCCCUCUUUGGAAACGUUCAUUCAGUAACCUGCACAGUACGCAGAACAAAGACAAUUUUGCGUUUGUGUUGGUUUACAAAACUGCAUUGUUACCAGUGUAUAUAUUUAUUAUAUAUAAAUAAGAGCUGCUUUACCAUGGAAAACUUUACAGAGUUUUAAAUGACAGAUUUGGACCCCAAGGUGUUUAGAAAUCUUGGUUAUAUUAGUCAUUAUAUCGAUAUCAGGCAUCUAAAGAGUUAUUUUCUAUUUGAUCUACAUUGUUAUUUCCCAAUACUCAGUUCUAACAGGGUCUAUGUAGGUGAUUUGUUAAUUUUUUUAUAAAAGAAUACCUUUGUGUGUUUUCAUAUUUGGGAAUUAAAGUUGUUUCUCACUUGUGCUCUGUGGAAAGGAUUUAUUAAGUUGCAAAUCUCUCUUUCUUAGGCUAAAGCUUUGUUUGGCCCCACACCGGAAAACAAAUAAAUUUAGCUGAAGCCUUUUUUUGUUCAGAAAACCUUGUUUGAUAAAAUUAAUGAAAACAAAAAGCUAAACGAAACGUGAAGCAGUAAGUGUUCCAGCUGGCCUGUCCAUCCAAGGGGUGCAUUUCUGUCCGUUUCUCUGAUGCUAAACCUGCGGGGAAAGUAGUUUGCUAUUUAAAAUAUACUUUCAAAAAGGAUAUUUUAAGUACACUCACAAUUAAUGAAAUGAAGUAUACUUCCAGGAAAUAUACUAUUAGUAUAAUUUACCAGGAUUAAAAUAAAGAGCACUUUUCAUAAAUAUUACAAUGCAUUUUUAGGUAAAGGAAGUUACAGUACAGGAAGUAUACUAGUAGUAUGCUGUCCAGAGAUUAAAAUAAAGUAUGCUAAAAUACCACUAUAAGCAUAUGAGAUUUUGUUUACUUAUUUAAGGUACACUAAAGUACAAUUUAAUUACAUAUAUCCAAAAUUACUUUUACAAUGUAUAUUUUACCCACACCUUAAAUGAAGUGUUUGUACAUUUUAAACACUUUUCACGGGGAGAAGAGCAGGCGCAAGUUCAUGGAACGCCUUCAUAGCUAAAUACCUUGACUGAAGAAUAGAGAAUUGCCAUGAAAUGAGAAUUGCUGUUCCUAAUCUUUCAGACCUAGAUGUGUUUAACAAGGGAGUUAUAGAGAAGUAGACAGCCCACUACUUUGUUUUGGUUGUAUUAUUAUUUUUUAAUUGAUUUUUUUUUUUUUUUAAACCACUAUAUAUUCUUCAUGGGGUUAGCACCUGUUGUAGCUAAAUAAACCACCGGUGUUCCUCAAUUGAGUCUCCGCUGUUUUAAAAAAGCGUCCAGCUGCCGGUGCACCCUAACAGGUUUAUUUUGAAAUCCCUAAUUAAUUUUGUCAUCGUCAGCCAAAUACAACUUCAGGACACGAAAUGUUUUCGACAUUAAUUGCUAUUAGCCCACCUUGUCCCCGGACACGGAACAUUAACAUUUAAAUACUCAUGAACAAUUCAUGCGCAGUAGCAUUAAAUAUUAAUUUUGAAUCAUUUGAGAAGUCAAGUAAUAAGAAAUUGGUCAUCGUUUCUGCUUCUUGUUACGUCAGACUGACAAAAGUUAUAGCAAAUUACAACUAAACAGGCCCAUGUCAGUUGAAAAAUAAAUAAAUAAAUAAUAAUAAUAAUGCGAAAGGAGAGGACAUAUCAGCGAUAAUGCUGGGGUAAGCAUUUCCCAGCCCAGCACACCAUCUUUCAGUGAAUAUUUUAAGUAGGCUAUAGUGAAAUUUUACGUAUUUUUAAGUCCCUUUAGAAGUACUCAGACAUUGUAUUGUUCUUGAAUCAGAACCGACACACGGCAACCCCUGGAGCCAUGUGUCGGUUGAGUGAUAGGGAGAGAAACGCGGUGUGAAAAGCUGUAACGAACUGGCACGUGCAUACAAUAACCACAGAAAGUGCCGCGUUUAACGCCCCCGCGGGAGCUCGUGUUCCCUUUCAUUAUUUAGCGGGAGUCAUCGGGCGUGGUGGUGUUUAUGCAGGUGAGUUCGCGUGCCUGCGUGCGUGCAGGUUUACAUUCUGCAUGCUUCAUCAUACGAUGCAGGGCUAUAACUGCGCGUGAGUUCGUUCGUGUCAGCUAUUCAGAAAUGUGUUUCAUUCAGUUCAUAUACAAUUGGUGUGGUUACAACGUUUUCCAAUAUUUCUAUUCAUAUAUGUAAAGUAUAUUUUCAUAUAAAUGUAGGUAUUUGACUAGUUACCUAUGUUUUUGUUUGAAUGUAUUUGUUUCCUGAAAAUCACCAAAUUAUCGAAGCACGAAACAGCAGCUUUCGAAGUGUUCAACUGUCUCUAAAAUGGAAACCUAAACCUUCAUUAAAGCUUUAGGCUGUUAGGCCUGUGACAUCUGUGGUUUUGGUGUCGCAUGUCUAGACGAGUGAGAGUGCGUUAAAAAGGUUUAAGUCGAAUGUUUUUCUGCCUUAAUACCCAUUUCUUUGGUUGUUAACAGAUUCCUGACUUUCAUUGUCAUGACAGUUUUUUUCCAAAAUCGUUGUGUAAUUGAUAUCGUAUUAUUACAUCUCCACCAAAACACAAUUUAUUAUUAUUGUCGAUAACCAUAAAUAAACAUUGAUAUGAUAAGAUAAGAUAUACGUCUUUCUUGUCUCCAGAAUAAAUUUGUCUGGGCCAUUCGAGAGUUGCUGUUGGUCUCAGAUUAAACAGAUUAAAAUCACAAACCAAAAAAAAACACACACACACAGAGAGAGAGAGAGAGAGAGAGAGAGAGAGAUCACUCCAAGAUGUUGCACAUUCUCCACAAAAUAUCGCACCUUUCCUUCCAUAUCAUAUACAUGCACACAUCCACACGCAUUCGACACAAGGAUGUUACGCCUUCAAAAACACACAUUACACCUCAGCACAAGUAACCUAGUGCUUACUGUUCGGCAACUUGAUUGACAGGGGAACCAGAGGAAAGUUGCACCCAUUCGACUUAGUUUGGUAACCUGCACUGUACCUUCUGCUUUCUGUGAUGUCUGAUAUUCUUUGUGAAUAAUGUGUUUUGGAUCAGCAGUGACACUGAGGGCCAUUGCAUUUCCAUAAGAACGUGAUAAUUUUCGUUUUAAUCUGUAUUUGCGUUUUAGAACUCGUGGUCUUAGAUCUUUAUCUGUUAUGGAAUAUCACUUGCUGUUGUCAUGGAGACAUUGAAUCAGUUACUUGAACCCAGCCCUACCGAUCCCCAGAGUGAAGAGCCGCUCGCGUGCGCUAACGUUCCACAGGUGUCAUUCACUCGAGUUUCUUUCCUCCAGCUGACAAGACGAUUCAAACCUACCGGACAAAGGAAUUCAGUCGAAAAUGCCGCGCAAGAAAAGCGAUCUGGAAACAAAGAUGGAAGAUGUGGGAAUAGAAAUUGAUGGAGAAGUAGAGAGUAGUGAAGAGGAGACAGCGAGAAGACCUCGAGGGAACAAGAGACAGUCAGCCGGCCGCAAGGCCAAGAAGCCACCCAGUGACGAUGAAGAUGAGGACGAGGAAGAGGAGGAGGCCCCUAAAAGGCGAAGGGGAGCCAACAGGAAGAAAGCAGCGAAGGCACAGGACAGCGAGGAAGAGAGCGAGGAAGAGCGGGGCGGCAAACGCAACCGGAAGGGAGCCAACAAGAAGAAAGCUGCGAAGGCGCAGGACAGCGAGGAAGACAGCGAGGAAGAGCGGGGCGGCAAGCGCAACCGGAAGGGAGCCAACAAGAAACAGAAAGAAGAGCAGAACAGCAAGGAGAAGAAAGGAGAUGCCAAAGGAAAGGGCAAGGGCAAGGACAAGGGAAACGAGAAGGACAACAAGAAGAAAAAGAAGAAAGACAGCAGCUCCUCAGACUCAGACUCUCACUCUGAGGAAGAAGAGUCCAUGUCUGAAGGAGAGAUGGCCAGACUGAUGGAGGAGGUGGAGGAGAAGAAGAAACUCAUCUCAAACAUGAGGAACAAACCUUGGCGCAUGAAGAGGAGGCUGCAGCACCUCAAAGAUGCUCAGCAGUUUGUGGAUAAAUUUGAGGGAGCUUUGGGUAAAGGUAAAGGCAGGAAACUUUAUGCUUACAAAGUGAUGAUGAUGAAGAAAUGGAUCAAGUUUCAGAGAGACUUUGAUAAUUUCAAAACAGCUUGCAUCCCCUGGGAGAGGAAAAUAAAGGAAGUUGAAAGCCAUUUUGGCUCGUCCGUGGCCUCCUACUUCAUUUUCUUGCGGUGGAUGUACGGGAUGAAUUUAGUCCUCUUCGGCUUCACCUUCGGGCUGGUGGUCAUUCCAGAGGUGUUGAUGGGGUUGCCAUACGGCUCGAUCCCCAGGAAGACCGUUCCUAGACCAGAGCAGCCCACUGCCAUGGACUACUCUGUCCUCAUGGACUUCAAUGGUUAUUGCAAGUACUCGGUUCUCUUUUAUGGUUAUUACAACAAUCAACGGACGAUUGGUCUCCUGAAAUUCAGGCUUCCACUGUCUUAUCUCAUGGUGGGAAUCGGCACUUUUGGAUACAGUUUAAUGGUUGUGAUUAGAACGAUGGCUAAGAACGCGGAUGUGGGCGGAGGGGACGGCGAGGACGGGGAGUUCACCUUCGGCUGGAAGAUGUUCACCAGUUGGGACUACCUGAUCGGGAACUCCGAAACGGCCGACAACAAGUACGCCUCCAUCACCACCAGCUUCAAGGAGUCCAUCGUGGACGAGGAGGAGAACCAGAAGGACGAGAACAUUCACCUGCGCCGUUUCCUGCGCGUCCUGGCCAACGUGCUGAUCAUCUGCAGCCUGGGCGGCAGCGGCUACCUCAUCUACUUCGUGGUGAAGAGGUCGCAGGAGUUCGCCAACCGGGACGACCUGAGCUGGUACGAAAAGAAUGAGGUUGAGAUAAUAAUGUCGCUGCUUGGCCUGGUUUGCCCGCCGCUGUUUGAAACCAUCGCUGAGUUGGAGGAGUAUCACCCUCGUAUCGCCCUGAAGUGGCAACUAGGCCGAAUAUUCGCCCUGUUUCUGGGAAACUUGUACACCUUUCUCUUCGCCCUGUUUGACGAAGUAAACGCAAAGCUUGACGAAGAGGAAUCCAUUAGGAACGCGUCGAUCUGGGCCCUGAAAGAGUACUACGCCAAUUUCACCGCCAACAACAACGACACCGGCGCCACCCCUCCCCCCAUCAACCCCUCCGACGUGAUCCGCGGGCCGUGCUGGGAGACCACCGUCGGAAUCGAAUUCGUGAAGCUCACGGUUUCCGACAUUCAAGUGACGUACCUGACGAUCCUGAUUGGAGACUUCCUGCGAGCCGUGAUCGUCAGGUUCCUCAAUUACUGCUGGUGCUGGGACCUGGAGGCGGGGUUUCCGUCGUAUGGAGAGUUUGACAUCAGCGGUAACGUUCUGGGCCUGGUCUUCAACCAAGGGAUGAUAUGGAUGGGGGCGUUCUAUGCGCCGGGCCUGGUGGGCAUCAACGUGCUGCGCCUGCUGACGUCCAUGUACUACCAGUGCUGGGCGGUGAUGAGCUGCAACGUGCCGCACGAGCGCGUCUUCAAGGCCUCCAAGUCCAACAACUUCUACAUGGGCCUGCUGCUGCUCAUCCUCUUCCUCAGCCUGCUGCCCGUGGUCUACACCAUCAUGACCCUGCCGCCCUCCUUCGACUGCGGCCCCUUCAGCGGGAAGGCCAAGAUGUUCGACGUGAUCAUGGAGACCAUAGACCUGGACCUGCCGGCCUUCAUCGGGACGCUCUUCAGCUACGCUGCUAACCCCGGCCUGAUUAUACCAGCUGUGCUGCUGAUGGUACUGGCCAUAUACUACCUGAACUCCGUCUCAACGGCUUACCAAAACUCCAACAUGGAUCUGAAGAAGAAGAUACAGAUGCAAAGGGAUGAAGAGAAGAAUCGCAGGAAUAACACGGACAGCACUAAUCAAGUGAUGAAGGACCUGGAGGAUCUGCUCCCCAAUCGCUCCCUGAUCCCCUCGGCCGCCCCCGAGCCCAGUACAGAUAACAAGAGUGACCCCGGGGGCAAGUCUCCUAAGGUGUCGGGGAAGCCGGGAGCAGCGCCCAGUGGGGUGAAGCUUCAGAAAGACGUGUCACUGGCUGCACCCAAUCCCCGUGGGGCUGUUUCCCGCCCCCCAGGCCCCCGAGGGCCUGGGCCCCUCCCUGGGAACUCCAUGCAGGUGCCAGGGGCAGGGCAAGGGCGGGGCAGGGGGAGGGGCGGGCCCCCCAGACACUAAAUCAUACAGACCACGCCACUCAUCAGGGCCAGAGAAACCAUCUCAGGGCUGUCUGAAUUCAGUUUAUGCGUAUGUGUGUGUGUGUGUGUGUGUGUGUGUGUGUGUGUGUGCAUGUAUGUGCGUGGUGUGUGUGUCAAUGGGUGUAUAUAUGAGUGUGUAUGCAUGCAUGAGACAGUGUGUGUGUGUAUGUGUGUGCAAAUGUGUGUAUGAGUGUAUAUGAGACAUUGGGUGUAUGUGUGUGUAUGUGUGUGUGAUACGUAUGUGUGUAAUGAUGCAGACCUGCGCAAUCUAACAGUGCAGUCCUGUGCAAUCUAAUAACACAGGUAUGCACAGUGUAGUGAUCUCUGUUUGUAAAACAAAAAGAGAAAAAAAAGGUAAAUAACUCAGCUUGGAUACUUUUUUGUAAUUGA